UUGUAAAGAAGAUCUUUCUUUUUCUGUAAACGUAGAAAUCGAAUGAAGGCACGCUGAAAUUAGGUGCUUGAAAAAUCGUUUUUACUAAGCUUUUUUAAUAAAUAAAAACAUGUCGGACGUUGAAACGAAUGAUGGGCCCUCCCCAAUUACAGCAGGAGGUCCCAUGGAUGUAAAUACCGCUUUGCAAGAAGUAUUAAAAAAUGCCCUAAUUCACGAUGGAGUCGUUCAUGGUCUCCAUGAAGCAGCAAAGGCCCUUGAUAAGAGGCAAGCAAUGCUAUGCAUUUUAGCUGACAAUUGUGACGAACCAAUGUACAAGAAACUUGUCCAAGCUCUUUGUAAUGAACACCAAAUUCCACUCAUAAAAGUAGAUAAUAAUAAGAAAUUGGGUGAAUGGGCUGGUUUAUGUAAAAUCGACAGUGCCGGUAAAGCCCGCAAAGUUGUUGGAUGUUCUUGUGUUGUUAUCAAGGACUUUGGCGAAGACACACCAGCCAAAGAUGUUCUUAUGGAAUAUUUGAAGCAAAGUUCUGUACAUUAAAACAUUUUUAAUAAAAUAUUAAAAGAUA